GCCGCCGCGUGAGUCAUUACCGGACUUGUGCUCUAUGCAACGUUGAAAUUAAGGGAAGCCACAAUUGGGAAGGUGGUUCGGCUAAGCAUCUGGCAAUGUAAAUAAACGAUAGAUUUCGAUGGAGAGGUAUUGGACCAGAGUGCUGGAGAUGCACACUGCUUUGGCUAGGCGACGCCUGUUCUUCACUUCACGAUGACCACCAGCAUAGAACAUAACUGAGUCCGGGUGUAUUUCUCUGAUAUUGCAAGAAAAGAAAAUUUGCAAUAGAUAGCAAAUAGCUCUUCAAAUAUGGGUAUCUUAGUCAUCUCUUUCAUCUCAAAACCUUCCAAUCAACGCCAACGCCCCAUUUCACUCCCUCAACGACUAUCUCCCAGACGGGGCCCUUAAUCCCCACCAUCUUUCCGACCUCAACGGCGCUUCCCUUCUGAAGACCCGUCCCUGCUCCUUCUCCAGCAAGUAUAACCUUUACCUCUCCCACCGUAUCCACCAUCUCUCCAACCUCUCCAUAGACAUCAACAUCAACGGUAUGAAUCUGCCGUCCUCUAACCAUCGUCAUGCCCUCCUUUGACCCCCCGCUAACCUCAUCAACCAUAAUCUUUACGAGCCACUCCUCGUCCCUUCUCUUCCCUCUCAUGUCUGGAAUUGCUCCUUCCAGAUUCAUAAGCCAGUCUCUAACUUCGGCAGCUAGGCCGCCGGGGAUAUAUUUCUGGCCUUUUCUGUGUGGAGAGAAUUGGUCGGGUAGAGGAUCGGAUUGGGCUUGCGCGGCUGAGGAGGGGUCUGGUGGACGAAAACGAGGAGGUUUGAGGAAUGGUGUGGGUAGUGGAUUUUGUGUGGAUAAAGAGUGAGAGUCGUGGUGUGUGGAUUGUGGUGCUGGAGUUGAGAGGAGGAAGCGUGGAGCUGUAGUGGAGAUUGGUCGGCGCGGAGCUGGUGGUGAAGAUAAAAUGGGAAGAGAAGAGGAGGUGUCCUCAGUAUUAUCGUUCUCGUCCAACAGCAUCUCUUCUUGAUCCUCAUAUUGUUCCUCCUCCCACGUCUGCGAAGACGUAGAAAAACGCCGACGUUUAGGGCUAGGUUCUUCGAGUUUAUAAUCAUCUUCUAGUUCCCCAGACUGGUACCCCUCAUAGUCUAUCUCCUGCUCCUCCGUCUCAAUGGAAUCGUGGACUUCUUGCAGUCCGUCAUCGGACGAGAGCUCAAUGGCAUCGUGAUUCUUCAACUUCCUGCUCGCAGGCGUCACAAACCGCGCCGUGGAUGGCGUGAAUCGCGGCGGAGGAAGGGUUUGUGACGCUGUAGGUCGAGGAGUAGAGGAGAAUGUAAAACGUGGUGUUGAAUUAAAUUGAGUGCUUGGACGCGGGGUGUGUUCUUGCGCCAGUGGGGUACUGCGAACCGGUGGACGUUCUUUCUUGAUCACGAAUCGAUGUGGUGAAGGCGUCUGGUAUGGAAUAGUCAGAGUAGAUCCAUGAUACGUUCAAGUGUGGACUUACCACCGGCGGAGGAGGAGGCAUGUUGGAAGCUUCAUGUUGCGAGGCUGACGAUGGUGGAGUGAGUUUGUUGACAGGGAUCGCAGAGCGGCGUUGCGUCUCUGCAAUCGCAUCGCUUUCUGUCACUCUCACGUUCGCUUCACUCAAAAUCAAUAAACAUCAAUGAGCACCAAAGGUCGAUGUAUCACUUAAUUAGCACCGCUUAAUACAUGGGAUAUGACGAGUCAGUGCUCGAUGAGCGUGCUGAAUCCACGAGAUGGUAUUUGCCAUGAUCGAGAGGUCUCAACGACACCCCACAAGCGGCAUGACGUCUUGCACGGUGGUGCAUGACGAUCCCCCUCCAAACAUUUUCUCAAGCUAGAGUGGGAAACCCCAAGUCGUGUUGAUUUUGCUGUCAUUUGCUUCCUCUCAGAUAUCCCUUUUGUGAUUUUGAUUUUCCUGGUUCAUUUGUUUAAUUAUUCCGUAUCUCCGAUAUUUCGUUGCGACUGUCAAGUUCCUCCUAGACUUCUAGAGAAUAUAUUGCGUUGUGCAUCACUUGGCCAGGAUGCCAAAUCCUCCUUCGACGAUGGGAGGAAACUCCCCGAUCUUCCCAAUAUUUACCAAGAAGCAUGAAGUUGUCAUCUUCUCCAGUACAGCAAUUGCCUUGUAUGGCUACGAUCAGGGCAUGAUGUCGCUGAUCAACACCAACCGCUCCUACCUGAAGACAAUGCAAAUAUCAGAAGAAUCUCCAAUAGUCGGUAUCAUAGUGUCAGUCUACUACCUAGGGUGCACAGUAGGUGCCAUAAUUGCUUCCUGGCUCGGCGAUAAAAAGGGUCGAAAGCCCUCCAUUUUCAUAUGUCUCGCAACUACCGCCUUGGGCAACAUUCUCAUGUUCAUCUCCGGUUUCUCACUCGAUGGAAGCUCUCCCUGGAAUGGUGGAGCAAUAGCCUGCAUGCUGGCCGGACGUGUAAUCAUGGGAUUGGGAGUUGGCGGAAUCGACGCUGUUAUUCCAGUCUACAGCAGCGAGCUCUCUUCAGAUGGAGCCAGAGGAAAAGCCCUGGCGCAGGAAUUUCAGAUGAAUAUUUUUGGAUUGUUGUUAGCGUAUGGAAUCAACAUGGCUGUGACCUAUGGGCUCGGCAAAGACAGUCAAUGGGCAUGGCGUGUCCCAAUCGUUGCGAUGCAGGUCUUCCCGAUCUUGCUGAUGUCGUUCAUUAGUCGACUGCCUGAAUCACCUCGCUGGUUCAUAUCUAAAGAGCGAACAGACGAUGCGAAGAAGGCUUUACAGAGUAUCUAUAGCAAGCAAGACGCUAAAUCCAAAUUCGAAGAGAUACAAGAAGCCAACGAGAACGAAAGCGACGAGAAGGUCGGAUAUAAAGACAUGCUGCUACCAGGCGGAUCUCAGUUUCAUCCCAGCAUGGUUACAGUCAUGGGUCAGGUCAACCAAGCUCUCACAGGUUAUGGAGCUGUGUCCGUCUACGGUCCUCAGAUCUUCGAACUCCUCGGCUUCAGCACAACAAAAGCCGAAAUCCUCACUCUCGGAAACUACGUCUCAUAUUUCUUCAUGAUGACCUUCGCGUGGCUAACAAUCGACGUCUACGGCCGGCGAAAGCUCAUGGUCUGGGGCUCAAUCGGCCUCUCGCUCUCCUUCAUCAUCCUCACCAUCUUUGGCGGUCUAGCAGAGACCUCACUCCCUGACCUUGCCGUCGAAAUCCCUGGCAGUAUAACACUCUUCGUUGCAACUGCCAUCUUCGGCAUUGGAUGGCUCGCCACCGUCUGGCUUAUCCCGACGGAAAUAUACCCUAGCACAGCACGCGCUCAAGGCUCUGCUAUCUCGGUGAUAGUUUGGGGAUUGGCGAAUUUUGCUAUCACGUUGUUGACGCCGAUUGGGUUCAAUAACCUGAAGUAUUGGCUAUUCUUGGUGUUUGCGGGGACGAAUGCAUUUGCUGGCUGGUGGACGUGGAGAUACACGCCUGAGAGUGGAGGGAGGAGCUUUGAGGAGAAUCAGGAGUUCUUUGAUAGUGCGAGGGAAGAGGGAAGCUGGGUUGUGGGGAAGGUUGAUGGAGGGAAAUUUAGAGGGAUGGAGGGGACGAAGGAAGGUGGUGGUGAAGACGGGGAGAGAGCGCCGCUAUUGAGAGGUGGUAGAUAGGGGAGUGAGUUAGUAGAGGUAUGAAGUUAAGAACUAAUCAUGGGCUCGCUUAAGAUAGAGAUAUAUCAACGAUCAUCUCUCAUAAGAUGGGUUGUACUCACAUAAUAUCCCUUGAUUAUUGCGGGCACGGAAACUUCAUCAAUGAUUGAAAAGAG